AUGUCGGGCCUUGAGAUUCUUGGAGCGAUUGCGAGCUCUAUCGCUCUGGUGCAAGCCGUCCAAGGGACGCUCAAAGCUAUCGACUUUCUACGCCAAAACUCUGAUAUGAAGGGGGAAUGCAACAAACUGAGGAAAGAAAUACUCAUGAUCGACUGCUUCAUCAUGCAGGCCAGAGAACAGACAGAUCCCAUGAUACCAGCGCAACGUCUCAUUGGAUCUCCAGAACAUCCACUAGUCUCCUUGACAACACAGGAGCUCGAAGAAAUAUCAGAAGAGCUUAAUGAGAUUGUAGAGAAGUACUCACGCUCUCGCAAAGUCCACGACCCGAAGAGAUACACGGACAAGGUCAGGUGGUUAUCAGAUGCAAGCAAGAUCGAGGAGCUUCGAGAACGGGCUCAGGCUACUAAGUCUAAUCUACACAUGGCCAUCACGUUUAGGGUUUCUUCUAUGGUAGAUAGGGGAAAUGUGCGACAAGAAGUUCUCUUUCACCGUGUUACACAACAGUUGACUUACUAUGCGCAAGCGACUCAUAAUAUCUCUCAAGAAUUACCCAAGCUACUCCAAGGACCACGGCCCAAGCCGGAAAGUUCAACCAUGGGCCUAAAACCCGGGACGCAAAGCACAACAAUACACGAGCCUGUUCCAUCAGCAAGGGAAGAGAACAGGUCUACUGAGAUCUCGGGAGCUUCCUUGACAAAUGAUACCGAUCAUGCCGUUACUGUAAUGAAAGAGGAGAGCUUUGUUAAAGACUGGGGCGCUGUGAGCACAACUAAAGUUCACAUAGCCGCUGCAGGAGGAGGAGGAGUGAUGGACGCACUGCGGGAGCAACCUUGGGCCAUUGAAGAGCUCGACGAACAUGGAGAGGCGCCAAUCCACGUCGCAGUUCGCAGUAACAACUUUGAAGGACUCGAGCAACUACUCACGGCCAAGGCUGACGUCAACCGGCAAACUUCCUUGGGCCUUACCCCCCUCAUGACAGCAGCCUUCUACAAGAACGACACAAUGUUGCAGAGACUUUUGGGGCAUAGCGAGUGCCGGAAGCGCAUUAAUCAAGGCGAUAUCCAAGGUAUGACUGCGCUACAUCUUGCUGCCAAAUCAGGGUCCCUAGCCUGUAUCAGACUGCUACUCGAUGCUGGAGCGCCUGCAACAAAGACCGAUGAAUAUGGUAGAACUCCAAUGUCCUACCUUGAGUGGGGAAAUCAAGAUCAGCAAGAAGCUUACGAUACGAUAAAACUUCUACAAGAUUAUGGGGCAGACAUCGAAUCAAAAGAUAACCGUGGUAUGACGCCAAUCUUGCGGGCAUGCCAAGAAGGCAAUGUCCCGGUCUUGGGGGCUCUUGCUAGGGCAGGGGCAUCACUCGGUGCCAUCGAUUCGAAUCGUAAUGGAAUUAUACAUAUGGCAGCUUUUUCUAAAGACUUUAAUGUUGUCAAUUACCUCGCAGAACAAGAUCUUGAGGAAAUCGACACACAGCUUCGAAAUCUCUCCCACAAUGACAAUCCUCUGGGCAGCUUAAGAUGGAUUUUUAACGAGUAUCACUCACCACUGACCAACGUCCCAAGUCAAGAGCAGCAACAGACCUUCAUCCAGUUCUAUUUCAAGUUGUUGAUACGGGACUUUGAGCGUCAUAUGUCAACUCUUCGGAAUAUUCAACAAGCAAUACAAGAUAGCGACACAGAGGCCACAAUAGAGCUUCUUGAUAUACUGACCGAGAGGAAUGAGGCUGGUUUCCGGCAAGAACUUGUUUGCUGGUAUAGAGGACUCAAAUUUUAUGUCUCAGAUGGUCAGUGGGACAAGUUGAAUGAGGCUAUAUGGGAGGAAUACGAAGAGAUUUCGGAAAAGACUGAAAGAGCGGCGAUUGCGAGAGGGAAAACAUUAACAGAUCCUGAGAUGGAGGAAUUUUUCUGA